AUGCAAUAAAAAGAUCAAAAUUAAAACGCAGGUUGUUUAUGUUUUGGGAAGAAACAAAAAGGGGAAUUUCCUAAGACCUUCAAGAAAUCUGGCAAAAUCCUUAAGAAAUAUAAAGAUAAUAGUUUGGAUAUUUCAGAUGAUGCUAUUUUGGAAGUGAUGAUCAGAUUAUACAUAUCGGAGAACAAAAGCAAAGCCAUUGAAAUGCUUUAAAGAUGCCGUAUCAAUCCGAAUUACGAAGCCAAUCUGAUUAGAAAUGAUUUGGAAUAUUUUAUCCCUCAGCUAAUUAACUUCUUAGUGUUUCACCAACAACUUUCAGAUGAAAGGUUGAUCCAAUUCAUCACUAAAGCAUCUCAAAUCGACUUUUUUUUUGCGCAUCUUGUUUACUUCUAACUGAAGAGUUUAUCAUAAAUUGUUGCGCACAGUAACAGAGUAGAACUCAAGAUAGUGCAAAAGUUUGUAUAGGAAUUUGAAGAAAAGAUGACCAUAAAUUAUUAAGGCAAUUUACUAAUAGCAACCCAAUUUUUAAAGAUUCACCUUGACGAUUCUAUAAAGAGUUCUUCACUCCGAAAAUCAAUAACAAGUAUAUCAAAUAAAAAAAUUAAACAGGAAGUUUAUCAAGGGUCUGUAAGAAUCAGAUCCUAUAAAUAAAAUGAGGUUGUGCAACUUUACGGAACCAAUUAAUGGGAACAAGAGAUGGCAAAUAAAAGUCCCUCUCAAUAUAUAGUGAGAAACUAUGAAGAUAUCGAAUUAGAAGAUUACACCUCUACUUUUGAUAAUAAUGAAGAUAUUCAACCUGUUGAUACUGCUUUUUAAUCUAAUAUCAACUUCUGGAAUGAUAUCACCAAGAUUUGUGAUGAGCUGUCUAAAUCCAAUACGAAAACUUAAUAUUUACAUAGUUUACUAAAUAAAAUGAAUGCUAAUUUACCAGCUGCUGUCUAUGUACCUUUUGUUAAGAAUUCAAUCAGAAACUACGCUGUCUUAAAUAUAGUAUCUAAAGAAAGUAGAGUAUUCUCAACCAAAAUGAGAAGUCCUUACAGUCUAACACUUGAAAUCUAUCGCCCUGAAAUAGAGGAUAAUUACACUGAAUAGUAAUUACUCGAUAAGUAAAUGUCGUUAGCCAUUAAAACUAAUAUGAUUAAAGCGGAUGGAAAUUGUCAAAGUUAAGUCAUUAUCUCAGAAUAAUAAAAUACUCAAAUGAAUAGAACCUUCUCUCUGGCAGAAGCAUAAAACACAUUUAAUAAUGAAUUUUAAAAUAUCAAGUUCAACUAAUUUAAUUAUUAAAAUAACGAGCCAGAGUCAGAUGGCAUAGGAUUAUUUUAUAAUUAUCGACAAACCAAUAAUCAAAAUUAAGAUUCAGAUUAAUAAGAUGAAAUGAUAGAUUAAUAAAUUAUUGUCUAGUAAUCAUUAUUUUCUAAUGCAACUGAUGAUUAAUAGAAUGAUAAAGUAGCUGAACAAACUAGCAGUUAGAAGUUAUCUGGAUUAGGCGAUUAAAGCAAUCUAGAAAUAAGUUCAUUUAAUAGUAGAGUCAGUUAUUUACAAGUUGGCAAAGGAUUAGUAUUAAAUUAGGAAGAAUAUCUUGAAAUCAAAUAGACUAUUUUCGGAGAAAAUUCUAUAGAUUAAUCAGAAAGAAUUAAAAGACAAAGUCCUUUUUAAACGUUGAGAUCUUGGAAACUAGUUCAUUUGAUUAUCAAAACAGGAGACAACUUAAAAUAAGAGUAAUUUGCCUUAUAAUUGAUAUGUUAAUUUGAUCAAAUAUUUAAGAAAGAAGGCUUACCUUUAAAAUUAAGAUAUUAUGAGGUCUUAUCAUUGGGACCUGAUUGUGGUAUGAUUGAGAUGAUUAAAAAUGCCACUACUAUCGAUAGUUUGUAAAAGAAUCUUCAAAAAAAAUAUACUCAAUUUAGUGAUUUCUCUGAUUUUUUCAGAUCCUUUUUUAGAAACAAUAUCGAAUAAGCAUUAUAAAAUUAUGUUUAAUCACUCGCAGCCUACUGUUUGGUUUGUUAUUUUUUAUAAGUUAAAGACAGACAUAAUGGAAAUAUAUUAUUAGAUGAUGAAGGUCAUUUGAUUCAUAUUGACUUUGGAUUUUUUUUAUCGAUAUCUCCAGGUAAAGGAAUGGAAUUUGAAGGAAAAGUACCAUUUAAAUUGUUAUCCGAUUACAUUAAGGUCUUGGGAGGUGUAAAAGGAACUUUGUUUUAAGAUCAUUUCAGGAAACUCUUUUACAAAGGAUUUAAAGCCUGCCAAAAACAUUAAAAUGAAAUAUUAUUAUUGGUAGAAAUGAUGUACACUGGCCAUGGAACCACUCUACCUUGCUUUUAAAAAGGUGAAGUUGCCUUAAAGGAAUUAGAAAAUAGAUUCAAUCCAAGAGUGGCAUCCGAUGCUGAAUUGUUUGUUUAUGUUUAAGGACUGAUUAAUAAAUCAUUGGACAAUUGGAGAGCUAGAUGGUAUGAUAAGUUUUAAUAUUUCGCUUAAGGAAUAUUUUAUUGA